AUGAAGCUGUGGUGGAGCUUAAUAUUGCUGCUGGGAGUUGUACUCUCAAUAAUGGCAAUUACGGCACAAGCUGAAUCCGAUGUAUGGGAGGAAGAAGAUGACAAAGAAGUACUCGUGCGAACUGUACGAGGUACUAAAGACCGUGCGUCAGGAAGUAAUGGAUCAAGUUGUAGAUAUUCAAAAGGCGAAUGGAAUGAAUGCGAUCCAAAAACAAAUAUGCGAUCACGUACUUUGAGUUUAAAGAAAGGAGACAAAACUUGUGAACAAACUAAAACAAUUCAGAAGAAAUGCAAAAAGGGCAAAGGUAAAUAA